AUGUCGAACCACGCCGGCGACGCGCAGCUCUUCGAGGACACCUUCACAGUGACCGACUACGACCAAAGCAAGUACGAUCGCGUGGCGCGGAUCACCUGCACGUCGGCCGACUCCCAGACGGAGAUGAAGCUGGACAUCAACAUCGAGCUGUUCCCGUGCCGCGUGGGCGAGACGCUGCAGGUCGUGCUGUCGACCAGCCUGUCGCUUGACGGCAACAAGGACGACGAGGAGGAGCGCGGCUGGAAGGACGUCCGCGGCGAGUCCUCGCUCGCUGACAUGUACGACUACGUGUGCCACGGCAAGAUCUACAACUUUGAGGACGGUUCCGAGGGGGAGACUAUUCGCGCCUACAUCUCUUACGGUGGCCUGUUGAUGAUGCUCGAGGGUCCGUAUAAGAAACUGACCCCGCUGCGCGUCGACAACACCUACCUCCUGGUCAAGAAAUGA